CAGCGUCUGUCCUCGCCUGGAACUCUCAACCAAAUCCAUCUUCAGUUCCACCCAUCACCCGUCUCCUCGCUCCACGACACGGCCGGCGUGCGUGGCAGUGGUUAUCUCUUUCGCGCGAGGUACCAAGCGUGGCGUGGCGGCUAGCUAGGUAGGGAGGAGUGGCAGAGAAUGGUGGCGCCCGGCCUGACCACAGCAGAGCAGAGCUGAGCUGAGCUGAGAUCCUCCUUCGCGCAUGCUUUCUUCGCCUUGCUCCGUCGCGGCGUGCGGCGCUCGCGCGUUCCGGGGCCUGUUCGUGGCCGCCGUGCGGCUCCCGAUGCUCCUCUUCUGCGACGCCAUGGUGUGGGCCGUCACCUUCCUCACCUUCCCCGUGCGCCUCCUCGCCGCCGCCGACAGGGAGCGCAAGCUGGAGCGGCUGGUGGGGGAGAUGCAGGGGCAGAUGGAGCGGGUGGUGUGGGAGAACGGGGACCUGGAGCAGCGGCUGCGGACGGCGCUCAAGGAGAACGCGACCAUGGAGGACAUCCUCGACGAGAUGGAGGAGGAGAACGAGGACGCCUUCGCCCGGAUCGACCUCCUCGAGAGCCAGCUCAAGGCGCUCAAGAAGGAGAACAUGCGGCUCAAGGAGCAGAGAGGCAGGUCCGUGUGGGACAAGGCGGCGGCCACGGCGACGGUGGCCGUGGCUGGAAGUGGCGGGGGCAAGAAGAAGGCUAGUGAACCGAGGGCGUGGGAAGGCCAAGAAGAGGAAGAAGACGCAGCAGCGCAGAAGGAUCGGCCCGUCGUCUUCAGACCCGGCGACAUCGACGCCUUCCCGCCGUCGGAGGCGCAGGCCCGGCUUCUUCGAGCGACGGCGCGGCGGCGGAGCCUGUUCAGCCUGGGCAUGUCGCUGGCGGUGGGCGGGAUCGCGUGGUCCGCGGACAAGCCGUGCCUGCCGCUCCUCGCGGGGCUCGUCGCCGUGGUGACCAUGUCCAUGUGCAGCGUGUCGCGCCUCUUCCGCGCGGCCGCAGACCGCCGCGUCCCGCCGCCGGCGUCCGCCGCCUCUGACGGCGCCGUGGCGCUGCUGAGCCUCAACUGGUUCCUGCUGGGCGUGCUCACCUACCCGAUGCUCCCGGGCGUGGCGCGGGCCGUCCUCCCGCGCACCCUCCCGCGCGCCACGCGCCUCGCCGGCCCCGCCAUGGCGUGGCUCGCUGCCGCGGUGCCCGUUUGACGGCGUGAGGUGGCACCGCAGAAUGGCCUCCGUCCUGUGUAUCCGCGGCUCUGGUUGUUGAGCGUGUCCGAGUGAUGCAGCCGCCUCUGUGUUUCCUGAGGCUGUGUGAGUCGUUAUAGUAAAAAGAACAGUUUUUCCUAAACUUGAGCAUGUAAAAACGUAGGAUCUGCCCACGAAUAUGUGUAUUGUACUUGUCAGAUUCAAACAACGCACUAACAUCGUGGCUUUGAAUAAUGCUAUGAUUAAUUAUUAGUGUUGGAUAA